AUGCCUUUGUACGACCAUGCUUUAUUGAUCGGAGAGGAAGAUAAGGCAUGGGGGGAGACCCCAGGAGGAGGCUCACCCUUAACGAACAACUUGAUAGUGCGUGGGCCUGGGGGACAGUGCUACCCUCUCAACGUGCAGGGCGACAUGCGCGUCCAGGAUCUCAAAGCCCAGGUUGCGACCGCGAUAGGCGUGGCAGUUGAGGAGCAGUACCUUCUGCAUCGGUGCAAGAUUUUGCAAGACCAUGAGGCGUUGGCCUCGUAUGACCUUGGCACACAGCACCACCUUUCCAAGAAGGCGAUGGCGACGUACCAAGUGCCCACAGUAGAAGUGGGAAUUCGUCAGCGCGGUGGCUGUUUUAUUGUCACCUUCACCCUCCUUACCAUUCUCUUUUUUGCGACACUCUGUGCGCCUUUGACGUGUGGGACUUCCCUGUGCCUAUACCUGUUCCUGCUCCCGCCGGUCUUUAUCCUGCCCUUCUUUUGCCUGUAA